AUGGAGUUCGUCUUGGGAGGCGCCUCGUCCUGCUGUGCCGUGCUGUUCACGAAUCCGUUCGACGUCCUGAAGACUCGCCAGCAGCUGGAAGGUGAACUGAUGGCGAAGAACAGCGUGAAGAAGCGCGCCUAUCGCGGCAUGUGGCAGUCGAUUGUGACUGUGGUCAAGUCGGAUGGACUGCGAGGGUUGCAGAAGGGAUUACCGGCCGCAGCUUUGUAUCAAAUUGCGAUGAACAGCGUACGACUGGGCACUUAUCAGACGGUCGAUAAUUUGGGUUGGACCCGCAGUGAGAGUGCCCUGUUGACGCCGUUCUUAUCGGUGUUUUGGGGAGGGAUUGCGGGGGUGAUCAGCGGAACGGUCUCCUGCCCGAUGUACGUCAUCAAAACCCAAAUGCAAGCCGUCAGCAGCGGGAGCUACACGGCGAAGUUCCAACACAGGCAUGACGGAGUGGUGGCGGCAUUUCGGAGUAUGUACCGCGAAGCUGGAAUCAAAGGAUUAUACCGAGGAUACACGGCCAAUUUGGCACGGGUAGCUAUGGGGUCGUCGACCCAAAUGGCGUCAUUUGCUGCGUGCAAAGACUUUUUUGGGCGGUACGAGCUUUUCCAGGAAUCGGUAGUUCUGACCGCGAUAGCUGCAAGCUCAGUGGCUGGAUUCGGCUGGAAAUUUAUCGAGCCGAGGGUAUUCACGGAAUGUACAAAGGAUUCUUCCCGUUGUACUUGCGGGUAG